GAACUACUCCCAAAACUCUAUGAAAGAAUAGUUUUGAGCUGCUUCCUCAGUUGUUCGGGAGCCAUUGUUUUCGGGUUUUACUCGAGAGCCAUGGUUCCGAUCAUUUGCUUCCUACCAACAAUUUCGCUAUCCAUUCUAGCAGUGGCUACUGGAUCGGAAGCUUCCAUCAGUGAAGAUCUUCGUAUUUAUAUAGCAACUCUGCCAUGCGUGAUUGAUCCCCCCAUCGCUUGCUAUUUUGUUCCACCCUACAGAGAAUGGGUUUUGGAGAAACUUUGUAGACGGUCACUCUCUAUAAAAUUGGAACCGAAAAGCACGACAGGUAGCACUCCAAACCGUACAAUACCACUUCCGCCCAUCACUACAUACUAG